UUUCGUUCAAUUACAUAAUCAAAAUAAAAUGACGAUUAAUAUUUUUCACAUUUUACUUUUGUCUUGUAUACAUUUGUCGACUACAACAACUUCUGUGCCUUACAAGACGAUGUUGGGGGGAUACCGAAUCCCCGUUUUGGGAUACGGAACUUUUACAGUAAUGAAUGAAACUGAGUUAACGAUAGCUCUAAAUGAAGCACUAAAACUUGGCUAUCGACACAUCGAUACGGCUCAAAUAUAUGGAAACGAAUACAUAAUUGGAAAUGUUUUAUCCGAAUGGUUAACAUCAGGAAAAUUGAAACGUGAAGACCUCUUCGUUACAACAAAACUUCAUGUAAUAAAUGCCUUUCCGGAUAAAGUAGAACAAGCGGUUAAUAAAUCUUUAACUGAUCUAAAAUUGGAUUAUAUAGACUUAUUAUUAAUCCACUGUCCCAUAGCCUUUAAUUUAGAUAGUAAGGGUGGACUUAUAGCGGCUCCUACUGAUCACGUUGGCGUUUGGAAGAAAAUGGAAGAACAAGUAGAUGCUGGUCUGGUUAAAAGCAUUGGACUUUCUAAUUUCAAUAUGAGUCAAAUAGAUAGAAUUAUAGCUGCAGCUCGAAUCCCACCUGUAAAUCUACAGAUUGAAGUACACCCAUAUUUUCAGCAAAAAGAGUUGCGGGAGUACUGUCGUCAGCACAAUAUACUAGUUGUUGCGUAUUCCUCUUUGGGAUCACCAGGACUUCCGAAAUUUUUCAAAAAUGUUGGUUAUAAAAACACUACUGUACCGAAUAUUUUAGCUGAUCCAGAAAUUGCUAGAAUAUCAAAAAAACACAACAAGACACCUGCUCAAGUAAUUCUAAGGUUCAUUAUUCAACUCGAUCUUGUUGCCAUACCCAAAAGUACGAACGCCAAAAGAAUCAAAGAAAACAUCGAAAUAUUCGAUUUUGAAUUGGAUAAUCAGGAUAUGAAGGAUAUGGAAAGACUUGAAAAAGGAAUUAAAACGAAAGUAAUUGAUUUACUAUUUUUAGGACCAAAUGUAGAAAAACACGCGGAAUACCCUUUUACAGAGCUGUUUCAAUAGAAACAAGUCCACGGAAACAAAUUAAGAAUUUACACCGCUUUUUAUUAAUCAUAUAAAUACAAUUUUUAUUUCUA